AUGGGUCUCGACGAAAAGAAGCGGCCAACGGCCUUGAACCUCGCACCGAUCCGGACCAAGUCAGCCGGCUCCAUCUCUUCUACAGACUCCUCAUCCACAUCCUCGUCUUUGGCCAAGCCUCCCAGGACACCACGGUUCGCCGAAGCUACAGCAGUAAACUCACCUAUCGAGCCGAGAUUGGGACCCUUUUCUGACAAGCACGAAAUCACUCAGGCGCAGCCAGGAGAUGUUGGAUUUGGUUAUAUCGGAAACAGGGGAUCAACAGUACCAAUGACGCCAAAGUCGCCCUUGAAGAGCGCCAUGAGAGUACCAGGCACACCCGGCAGGGGAUUGACAAACCCCCUGAGCCCCACCUUCAGAGAAGAGGAGAACCUGGAGGCGCGGGAGAAGAUCACAGAGAAGGACCAGGCUAGGGAUUUGAAAAUCAAGACCAGAGUAAGAAUGGCCAAGUUCGCCCUCCGUGGUGUCAACUUCAGCUGCUCCCUGAUUAUCUUGUCCAUGAUCUCGGCCUCGUUCGCCAUUUUCAACGCCACCAAGGCUCUUGCACCUAUGAGCGGUCUUCCGGCUUGGUCCAACAACACAAACACCUGGCCUCAGAAAGUCGUUCUCGCCUGUGCUGGUGUCUCGCUCAUCAUCUGCGUUUGUGUCUUUGUUGGCUACUGCCGUGGUGGUCACAGGAGAGCGGAGAAGGUCGGCGUCUAUUACACUCUGUUCGCGGUCGGCUGGUUCAUUUUCAGUAUGGCUAUGUGGGCUGCGGCCGCCGGAAUCCUCCAGCACUCCAAGUCCAACAGCGGUAACCAGGAUAUGUGGGGAUGGGCCUGCGUCGAAAACCGUCGAUCCGAACUCUUUGGCGGCCAAGUCGACUACGCCCUUGUCUGCCGCCUCCAGGACUGGACUCUUAUUUGCAUCAUUAUCGAGUUGGUGGUCGAGAUCAUCAGCAUCACGCUUUACAGCGUCGUCUUUUACCGAUACUGGUCGAAGAGGAAGCUUCACAAGUCGAUGGACAUGCGCGACAAGGCCCGCUCCGAUCUCUACCUCGCCCAGCUUCGCAGCCAGUCCGCCCCCAACACACCUGGCUUCGGCCCCAAGUCGCCCGCCUUCUCGCAAUAUGCUCUUUCCCCUCGCUUCCCGCCCACCACCUACAAGUCUUUGGGCGAUAUCCAGGAGAACACCUCCGAUUCGCCCUUCACUCCUGGUGGCAACAACCUCAUUGUUCCUCAGUCCAACUUCACUCCCCAACAGGCUGCCUUCAAGCUUCAGGCCCCGCCUACCAAAGCUAACCCGGCUACUCCGUCAACACCAAAGUCCGGAUACAAGCCACCAACGGCGGCCGAUCUUUCACCCUCCUCGAUCACCGCCCCUGCUUUCCCGGCACCUACAGUUCAGCAUGCGCCAAUGGUAGAGGGCGAGCAGCAGUACGAGGCGGUACCCAUCCCCGGUGCCUACGCCGGGCAAGCGAUCAAGUCACCACCACCUGUUCAGACAACAUUCAACAUCCCACGAUAA